AUGAGCCUGGUUCAUUUUCAGUAAUGAGGCCCUGUACCCCAUUUACAGUUUCUACUUCAAUGUAUCAGGUGGAGUUAUUCACCAGCUAUAGAGUGAGUUGUUGUUUAUGUUUCUAAGACUGCAGGGUGGGAGAUGCAACAAUGGCCUUGAGAACAGCAGGAAGUGUGUUGGUGGUCUUUCUCUGGUCUGUAGCAGUGGUACUGGGUCAGAAUGGCUGGAGUGUUACAUACAUCACUCAGAGUAUCUGUACCUUGAAGGGGUCAUCAGUGGAGCUGUCCUGCUCUUACACAUAUCCCAGUGGUACAGUAUCAACUACCUUCUGGUUCACUAAAAAGUAUGCUCUGGAGAAAUAUGUGAGUCUGAGUGAUGACCCAGACUACAAAGGACGUGUGACGUAUCGUAAGGAUGAAGUAAAUGGACACACCCUGACAAUCAGAGACCUGAGAGAGAGUGACUCAGCUGAGUACAAGUUCAGAUUUAUAACAGAUCAGACUGGAGGGAAAUAUUCUGGCUAUCCUGGAGUCACUCUGUCUGUUACAGGUACAGUGAUAUUAUAUAUAGUGUUGAUCUGUUUAAACACUCUGUCUGUUACAGUCUCUGAAACAAAAUGGUACACAAAAGGAAAACUUGAUGAGGCCCCUCAAAUCCUGAGCCCGGGUUAUGGAGGUCGUGUGGAGUACCUUGGAAAUAUGCAGAGUGACUCCACCCUGAGAUUCACAGACCUGAGAGAGGAGGAUUCGGCUGAGUAUAAGUUUAGAUUCAGAACAGAUCAGACAAACUGGGAGCCCACCAUUCCUGGAACAACUCUGACUGUCAUAGGUCUUCAGGUGAAGGUGACUCCUGCCACGGUGACAGAGGGACAGAAAGGUGACGCAGACCUGCUUAGCACCACCUUCAGCAGUGAGGAUGCAGGCAGAUACUCCUGUGCUGUAGAAGGCCAUGAGGAUCUCCCCUCUAAUGAAGAGACUCUCACUGUCAGAUCAUCAGGACAGGAUUACAACAUCACUAACAUCAUCUCUGAGGACAGAGGAGAAUACUACUGUGAGGCCCAGAAUGGCAGAGGAUCUAUGAACUCUACAGCUCUGAUGAUUAUUGUAGCAGGAAAACAAACCUCAGUUAUGAAUGCAGCUGUAGGAAUCAUAGUGGUUGUUCUGGUUCUCAUCCUCUGUCUCUCUGGACUCAUGUGGUUCAGGAAAAAAGCCUCCAAAUCCACCUCCAACACAAGAGACGCAGCAGAUGAUGGACAGGGAGACUCUAGUCCAGUGUAUGACAAUGUCUCAAGCAUGGCCAUGACCCCUACUGCAGCACAAACAGCGGACACAGACAACCAGGAUUAUGUUCACUAUGCCAGCGUCCACUUCUCUGGCUCCAAAAACCAGGAAGUGCCUCUAUACUCCACCAUCCAGCUGCCUCAGCCCCAGAUUCAGGAGGAGGAUGUCCAGUACGCUGCUGUGAAAUUCAGCUGCCCCAGUGCUGCCACCCAGUGAGCGUAUUCUGCCAUUACAACAGUGUCAAUAGUAGAACAUUGAACACACAGACAGCAUCAGGGUCAUUCAUAUGCUGCUGCUUAUUGGAAGAGUAGACAAUGUCAUCAAUAAGCAAAACGGUUGACCCCCUAGUGACAACUCAUUGUUCCCUGAAAAGUCCCUCCAUCAAUAGGUGAAGCACAGGAGGAUGGUGCUUCAUUGGGGAGGAUGGGCUUGUAAUGGCUGGAGCGGAAUGGUAUAAAAUACAAACAUAUGUUCUCAUUCCAUUUGCGCCGUUCCGGCCAUUAUUAUGACCCGUUCUCACCUCAGCAACCUCCUGUGAUCUAAAGAGUUGUAGGACCAUCCUUCAGGCCAAAGUGCAUUUCCUUGAACUCAUAAUAUGGUGUAACAAGGGACAUUUUGAAAAGUUGCACUCAGGGUUGGGGUCAAUUCCAUUUCCAUUUAGGAAAAUGUCAAUUGUUCCUCAUUGAAAAGCAUUGAGAAAAGAUGGAUUUUUAGUUUAGUUCCUGAAUUGAAAUGGUAUUGACCCCUAGCCUGGUUGCAGUUUCAAGAAGACCUUGUAUAUCUGGACCUGUAUUUAAAAAAUAAGUGAUAUAAUGAUAUUACAAUACAAUAAUAUAUGCCAUUUAGCAGAUGUUUUUAUCCUGGGGA